AUGCUUAUUCUCGGUUUAACCGGUGGUAUUGCUACAGGUAAAACAUCAGCUAGUGAGUAUUUUAAAUCACAAGGUAUUUCUAUUGUGGAUGCUGAUUUAAUUGCUCGUCUUGUUGUUGAACCUGAUAAACCUGCUUAUUAUAAUAUAUUAAAACAUUUUGGUCAUUUCAAUAUUCUUGAAUCAAAUAGUCGAUCUAUAGAUCGAAAACGUUUAGGUGAAAUUAUUUUUACUAAUGAGCAAAUGCGUAAACAAUUAAAUAAAUGUACACAUGGUUAUAUUCGUCGUGAAGCUCUGAAACAACUCAUAAAAUAUUUUUUUCAAUUAAAACCAAUUGUUAUAUGGGAUGUACCACUUUUAUUUGAAGUUGGUCUUAAUCGAUAUUUAUCACAUACAUUAGUUAUAUCAUGCGAUCAAACAAUUCAAUUAGAUCGUUUAAAAAAACGUGAUAAUAUUAAUGAUAAUCAACAAGCAUUACAACGUAUUAAUACACAGAUGAGUUUAAAUGAGAAAUGUCGACGAGCACGUUAUGUUAUUGAUAAUAAUGGUACAAAAGAUAUAUUACAUAAACAAUUAAAAGAUUUUUUAUUAACAAUGCAACCAAAUCAAUUCAAUACUAUAACAUGGUUUAUUAUACUUUGUAUACCAAUGUCAUUUAUUUAUGGUAUUCUUCGAUUUUUGGAUUUAUUGGAUGAAAUUAAAUAUCGAAAUAGAUGA